AUGGACUAUUACAAGAUCCUAGGUAUCUCCCAAGAUGCUUCAAUGGAAGAUAUUAAAAGAGCUUACCGAAAAAUGGCACUUAGAUACCAUCCAGAUAAAAAUAAAUCAUCGGAUGCAGAGGAAAGGUUUAAAGCCAUCUCGCAAGCUUACGAAAUAUUGAGCGAUGUGAAAAAGCGGGAGUGUUACGAUCAACAUGUGAAAGGUAAAAUGGAGGAUGAGGAGGUACCUAAGGAGGGUAAUAAUAAAACUCGCUUCACAUAUACCUCUACUAGCGAUCCCAAAACUCGCUUCACAUAUACCUCUACUACUAGCACAACUCGCUUUACCCAUAACCUCUACUACUAG